AUGGGUAGCAUCGACACCAGCCUGAAAGUCAUCGUCAUCGGCGCCGGCCCCGCCGGCUGCGCGCUCGCUCACGGCCUCAAGAAAGCAGGCAUCUCCUUCGCCAUCUACGACAAAGGCGCCGACGUCUACCGCCACCGUCACUGGGCCUUCACAUUAGGCUGGGCGCGACCAUACCUCUUCGACCUCAUCCCAGAAGAGCUCAGCGCGCAGAUCAACUCAUGUCAAGUCGAUCCCUACGUCGACUGCGCCGCGGUCGGCGAAGACCGAAUCGUGAUUUACAACGGCCAGACACGGGAGGAGGCUUUCGCAUUCCCGAUUCCAAAGGCGCGCGAGAUUAAUAUUAGGAGAUUGCGCAUGCUGUUAGCCGAGCAAUUGGAUGUGCAAUACAGUAAAAGCUUCUCGCACUACGAGACAACCCAGGACGGCGGCGUAACCGUCCACUUCGAAGACGGCACAACCGACACCGGCACCAUCCUCAUCGGCCUCGACGGCGCCAUGUCAAAAGUGCGCCGCAGCCUCUUACCCAAGGAAGGCAACAUGGACACCCUCCCCUUCGCCCUAAUGAACUUCAACGCGUCCUACACCGCCUCUCAAGCCCGUUUCAUCAAAGAGCGUCUACACCCACUCGUGGACAUCGCAAUCCACCCCGCCGGCCACUACAUCCGCGCGAACGUGCUAGAUAUGCCCGAUGAGAAAGACGCGAGUACCUGGACGUUUCAGAUCCUGUCGACUUGGCCGCUGAAAUACGUUGAGGAUCACGACAACGAAGACGGGCGGUUGGAAAGGCUUAAAGCGCAUGUGAAGCGCGAUGGAUGGGCGGAGCCGUAUAAGAGUGCUAUUGAGUGGAUACCAGAAAACACACCGGUUCUGCGCGAUCAGCUCAAGAUAUGGAAAACCGUUCCGUGGGAUAAUCACGACGGGAGGGUUACGCUGUGCGGCGAUGCGGCGCAUGCCAUGACCUUCCACCGCGGGCAAGGCGCUAAUAACGCGUUUUACUCUGCGCAUUGUCUUGUUGAAGCGUUGAAGAGCGUGCAAAGUGGGAGUGCGAGUCUGAAAGAUGCGGUUACAAGUUACGAUGAGAGUAUCUGGAAAAGAGGCGCGAAUGAAGUGCAGAUUAGUAAGGCGCAGACGUUCUUUACGCAUGAUGGGUUGGAGGAGUUUGUUAAUAGUCCGGUUAUGCGGUUGGGGACGAAGCCGAGUCAUGCUGCGAGGACGGAGGGGUAUCAGUAG